GAAGAAUCGAAACUGUUUUGGCGCGCGUCCAAAGUUGAAUCGUUGCAAUAACGGCACUCUCUCCCGUUUGCCUUUCAGAGCGCCUUUCCUGCUCAAUUACCGGAGGAGAACAAGAACACAACGACAUUGGUUAACUAGGCUACGUGUUGUGUAAUAGAACUUCGUUCUCAACCCUUGGAGUUCUUCCGUGCUUGCGUGUUACAAAGUGGCGACCCUGCCAAGUCACAAGAAUCAGGAAUCCACCAUCAUUAGUCUAAUGAAGAUCAUGCCGAAAACGAACGAAAAGUCUGAUGACGAAAGCCAUUCUGAUGUCGUUGACCCCACGACCAGACUUUCCACUUCACUGGAUGUUUUGUCCCGUACUUUGGAGAAAUUAUCAACAGGCUCGAAUUCGUCAGUCUGCAUGCAUGCAAUCCCUCCUCCAGAACGCUACACUCCCGGGAUGACGUACUCCAGAUGGGAGAAGCAAGUCCAGCUUUACCUCCGUCAUUUUCCAGUCAACCAACAUUCAGGCGUGCUCGCCGGCCUGCUGUCAGGGGAUGCUUUUGAUAUCGUUGCUGAUAGCAAAAUUCUGGAAAAAGAAGUCACGACCGAGACGUUCUCUGCCUUGCGCCGCCUACUGGACCCUCCUGCUUUACCUGCACCCCUACGCAGAGAAUUCCACUCCCGAUACCAGUGGCCCGGAGAGAGCAUUGGGACGUACGUGCGCGAACUUCGAAAGAUGGCCGACAUCGCAUACGAGCGAGAGUCAUCAAGCGAGCGUGACAAACGAAUACUAGAGCAACUUCUAGAAGGAAUCCAAACACCCUCCAUUAAACGUGAAUUCCUUCUUCACCCCCCGAGCAGUUGGAUGCAGCCUUACGAAUUGGCGAACAACUGGAGCAAGUCGACAGAGCGAUGGCUACGCCGACUUCCGGGUGCUUCGCGUUGAGGGGAACCGGACGCCCCAGACGUGCGUCAACGGAACGGUUUACGUGGCAUCCUGACUAUCAUCAAAGAUAUUCAGGCUCACGGCGACCAACGCAACCGGGUUCUCGGUGGCCCCGCCGACAAAUACCGAACCGCGGACUAUCUCGCUACAAUAACGGACGCCCAGGUGAGUGGCACCGAUUGCAUUCACACUUUAUACCAGCCAUUGUUUGUGCAUCGACCACAGAAUCAGCAUUAGCAAUAGAAUUACAGAUCGCAGGUGUUCCGUUAAUAGGUCUCAUCGACACAGGUGCAUGUAAGAGCCUAAUCAGAUCUAACUUGACUAACCAGCUAGCAGAACGCGUAUGCGCGCCUUGUCGCUGCCGACUAACUGCCGCCAAUGGAGAAUUGUUGUCCGUUCGAGGAUCCCUAACCGCACAAGUUGACGUCGCGAAACAGAGCUUCACCCAGGAGUUUAUUGUUGCGGACAAAAUUCCGUUUGCUGUUAUUGUUGGGAUGGAUCUGUUGCGCCGGUUGAAGUGUCGAUUGGAUCUGGACAGGUGCCAACUAAUCACUGAUAACUGUACAGUAUUGUUAAGACCCUGUGAAAGUGGUGCUUUGGAAGCUUCUACAACCUAUGAGGACACCUUAGACAGUGAGAAAUACAUUAACGCCUUUAUUCGCUCACUCGACCGAGUCACGGAUGAGCAGACACUGAAGCGGCUCAAAGACGUGUUGCGCAACCACUCAGACGCAUUUGCAUGGCGAAGUACCGACUUGGGUCGAACCAAUCUCGUGAAACACCGUAUCGACACCGGUGAUGCAAUCCCGAUUAAAAUUCCCGCAAGACGCAUACCAUUACAUUGGCAGACUGAAUUGCAAAAGCUCAUAGAUGAGAUGCUAGAAAAGAAGGUAAUACGGCCCUCUACUUCACCAUGGGCAGCCCCGGUUGUUCUAGUGAAGAAGAAGGAUGGUGGUUUUCGCCUAUGUGUCGACUAUAGACGAUUAAAUGAGAUUACUCGGAAAGACGCUUUUCCCCUACCCAGGAUCGAUGAUCUAUUUGACGCACUGGGAGGAUCAGUUUAUUUCAGUACGCUAGAUUUGGCUUCCGGCUACUGGCAAGUAGAAGUGGAGGAAAGCGACAGAGCAAAAACGGCGUUUGUAGUACCAUCAGGUUUUUAUGAGUUCCAGACCAUGCCUUUUGGCCUCUCUAACGCCCCUGCGACUUUUCAACGCCUGAUGCAAAAAGUGUUACACGAAUUGAUGCCCCACAAGUGUCUCGUUUACCUGGACGAUGUCAUUGUACACGGAAAAACAAAAGAUGAGCACCUAAACAACUUGGCGGAGGUGCUAACGCGCCUAGUAAAUGUGGGCCUCAAACUCCAUCCAACAAAGUGCCAUUUACUACAGACAGAGGUAACGUAUCUUGGGCACAUCAUUUCGGGGAUGGGGAUUCGAACUGACCCUCGUAAGACGGAGAAAGUGAGAUUAUGGCCAACCCCUGCCAACGUUGAUGAACUACGCAGUUUUUUAGGGUUAGCCUCAUACUAUCGGCGAUUCGUGAAAGGGUUCUCAGAGAUCGCUGCGCCUUUGAAUACUUUGUUACAGAAAGGUCAAACCUUCGAAUGGACCGUCGAGUGUCGAAAUUCCUUCGAUCGGUUACGAGAAUCCCUCUGUGCAGCUCCGGUGUUGGUUUUCCCCGACCUGUCACCAAAUGCCGGGGAGUUUAUUCUAGACACGGACGCGAGCGACCAGGCGAUUGGAGCUGUUUUGUCGCAGAAAGGGCAGGACGGAAUAGAACGAGUGGUGUCUUACAGCAGUAGGAGUCUCAGUGCAAGAGAACGGAACUACUGCACAACCAGGAAGGAAAUGCUAGCCCUAGUAUUCUUUAUAAAACAAAACCGACACUACCUAUUAGGAAGGAAGUUUCUGGUACGAACAGAUCAUCAGUCACUUCGCUGGUUACAGAAUUUCAGAGACCCCGAGGGACAGAUCGCCAGAUGGCAGGAACAACUUCAGGAGUAUGAUUUUGAGUGCCGACACCGACCUGGUGCACAGCAUGCCAACGCGGACGCUCUCUCCAGACUUCCUACUCGUGCUCAUGGAGACUGCCCGUCUUGUAGUACACAACACGUAGCUCUAGUUAACCUUCAAAGUUCGGAGUACGGUCGUUGGCAGGAGGCACAGGCAGCGGACCCAGACGUAUCACCGAUCUAUGACAAACGACGAUUGGGGAGCGACAAACCUACCGCAAAGGAAAUGGAAGGAAAAAGUUACGAAGCUCGAUGCUUAUGGGCGAUGUGGGACAAGCUCUCCAUCGAGGAAGGUGUGCUAGUGUUUGAUUUUGGCCCAAACUAUAUCAGGAGAAUCGUAGUUCCGCGAUCAUUAGUUUCCGAAGUGUUAUCUGAACUGCACGAACAGCUGGGUCAUGCUGGAAUCAACAAACUUGAAGCGGCAGCACGUCAACGGUUUUGGUGGCCACAUCAACGGAGAGACGUCACUAACUUUUGCCAGACGUGUGAGACAUGCGCCACAUUCAAGAACCCGACCAUCACCCGGAGAGCACCAUUGCAGCCUAUGAAUGCAGGCUACCCGAACGAGAUUGUGGGAGUAGAUCUUGUUGGUCCCCUACCAGAAACAUCACGUGGGCAUCGGUACAUCUUGGUCAUGGUCGACUAUUUCACUAAGUGGUGCGAAGCAGUUCCGAUCGCCCAAGCCGAUACAGUCACCGUAACAACGGCGAUGGUGAAUCACUGGUGUGUCACUGGGGAGCACCGGGGCAGCUACACUCUGAUAGGGGCUCAUGUUUCGAGAGUUUGUUGGUGCAGGAACUUUGUCGUGUGUUCGGUAUAGACAAGACGCGAACGACGGCUUACCACCCGCAAGGCAACGGACAAGUUGAGCGUACAAAUCGGUCGCUGAAAUCGCUACUGAAGGCCUUUGUGGAUCAAAAUGUAAGUGAGUGGGACGCUAUGUUACCAAAAUGCUUGCUGGCAUAUCGGAGCACAGUGCACGCUUCUACUGGUCAAACACCAUUUUUUAUGUGGACCGGAAGAGAAGUCCGAUUACCGUCUGACAUUCGACUACCCAGUCCGCAACAGCCACAUUCAUCGGUGACAGAGUAUGUUAGCAAACUCCUUGAUUCGCUUCAUCAAACACAUCAAGCGGCACGUCUUCAUCUUGGGAACGCCCAUCGACGACAGAAAGACUAUUACGACAAGAAAGUUUUCGGCGCUCCUUUGAAGGCUGGCGACCAAGUUUACUUGCACCAGGUACCAACGGCAGGAGUUCCGGUUAAGCUACACCAUGAGUGGACAGGGCCGUACAUAAUACAGCGGGUGAUAUCGGAUGUGACAUGUGUUAUCAAAGAUCCCAACAACCCUGCCAGUCAACCCAUGAUAGUACAUUUCAAUCGACUCAAGCCAUUCCGGAGUAAAACUGACCAAUCUGUCGGGGGGCCGAACGAAACGCCUGGGGAAGUAGCAGUUGAACUGGAGGUGCCGGCUCAAGGCGGCUAUGGUGUGGCAACGGGGACGCUGCCUGAUUAGAGGGGGUGUGGUGUAGAGAAGAAUCGAAACUGUUUUGGCGCGCGUCCAAAGUUGAAUCGUUGCAAUAACGGCACUCUCUCCCGUUUGCCUUUCAGAGCGCCUUUCCUGCUCAAUUACCGGAGGAGAACAAGAACACAACGACAUUGGUUAACUAGGCUACGUGUUGUGUAAUAGAACUUCGUUCUCAACCCUUGGAGUUCUUCCGUGCUUGCGUGUUACAGUAUUAAUCGCCGCCAACAUACACGGUACAACUACCGCGGAUCUUGGCUGUAUUUAUAUUUCUCAUACUGAGUUUCGACUUCGAGAAUUGGAAGGUCAGCUACCAAGGUUGGUGGUUCCCCAUAUCUUUUGCCGCGAUGUCAGGUGGUUUUUAGUCACCUGCAGAACUAGAACAUCCCGGAACGUUCGAACUCGACAAAUCUGUUGAGGCUCUCGCAGUCUUGAUGUGCGCUUCCUCGUUUCUGUUUACGGUAGUGUUAGUGUAUAGAAGCCCUAUGAGCACCUCCAAUGGAAUCAUUGAGUUUAUACGCACUCUGCGAACAAGUGUCUGGUGCUGGGAGACUUCAACCUCUCAGAGGUUUGUUGGGAUGGCCUAUCUUGCAGUUCGGCUCUGGAAUCGUUCGGUACAGAACUGCUGGACUUAACGCCGCAGGUAUCACUACACCAGUUCGUGGACCUCCCCACUAGGUACAUGAGAAAUCAGCAGCCGUCAGUUUUAGAUUUUAGAGAGUCGCCUGUACCGGGAGCCCAGAGAGCGAUUCGAGAAGACAGAUCGAGUUGCAGGGAAACCUUUAUUGGUACAGUAAAAGAUUCCCUGUUAUCUAGCUGUAAAGGAACGACACCGUGGACGCUCUACUAGGGGAACGGAGCAAGCACAACACACAGGUCAGUCGCGAGUUGCAACCGAAACGAGGGCCAAGC